UCCUCUUUUUUUCUCUUCUUCACGGCGGUGGGUCGGAGCCGCUGUGUCCCCGGUCUGGCACGUUCCUAGCUAAAUUCUCCACUGUGUAAAAUUGGAUCCCCCCUGUUUCACAAACUCCCCCAAAAGAGCCCCUCUCCAACCCCCUGCAACUGCUUACACGUUUGCGUUCAACACACACCUCCAAAUCUCUACCAGAUACCUUAGAAGAUGGCGGUGGUAAGCGGGAUGUCGGGGUCGGCGGUAGCCCGGCUUGAGGGCCGAGAAUUCGAGUAUCUGAUGAAGAAAAGGUCGGUGACCAUCGGCCGGAACUCUUCGCAGGGCUCGGUGGACGUCAGCAUGGGACACUCCAGCUUCAUCUCCCGACGGCACCUCGAAAUAUUCACUGCGGGAGAAGAUGGCACCGGCACGGGGGAAUUCUAUCUCCGAUGCCUUGGAAAAAACGGGGUGUUUGUUGAUGGGGUGUUCCAGAGAAGAGGGGCUCCACCUCUCCAGCUUCCACGAAUGUGUUGUUUCCGCUUCCCCAGCACAAGUAUAAAGAUCACGUUCACAGCCCUGUCCAGUGACAAAAAGGAGCCAAGGAACGUGCCGGAAUCACCGGUCAAGCCCGUCCAACCCCAAAUUUCCCCACUGACCAUAAACAUUCCCGACAACAUCGCCCACCUCAUGAGCCCGCUGCCUUCACCUACCGGCACCAUCAGUGCGGCAAACUCGUGUCCUUCGAGUCCCCGGGGGGCCGGGCUCUCCAGCUACAGGACCAGCCGUGUUCUGGCCUCCGACCUCAUAGGAGAUAACUCCCAGUCAGAAAACGACAAGGAGGCCUCAGGUGAAGACAGCCCAAAGGACGACUCCAAACCACCCUAUUCGUAUGCGCAACUAAUAGUUCAAGCUAUUACCAUGGCUCCAGAUAAACAGCUAACCCUGAAUGGAAUAUACACCCACAUUACCAAGAACUACCCCUACUACAGAACAGCUGAUAAAGGCUGGCAGAACUCGAUCCGCCACAACCUGUCCCUGAACCGGUACUUCAUCAAAGUGGCCCGCUCUCAGGAGGAGCCGGGCAAAGGCUCGUUCUGGAGGAUCGACCCCGCCUCAGAGGGCAAGCUGAUAGAACAAGCCUUCAGGAAGCGCAGGCCCAGGGGAGUGCCCUGCUUCAGGACCCCUGUAGGGCCACUCUCCUCCAGGAGCGCCCCAGCUUCUCCCAACCACACAGGGGCACUGUCUGCCCACUCCAGCGGGGUCCAGACCCCAGACAGCCUGUCCAGAGAAGGGUCCCCGGUCCCCAUCGAGCCAGAGCCCACCCCACCACCAGCACCCACCCAAACCACUACAGUUCAGCCCAAACUCGCCGUCAUCCAAGAGGCCCGCUUUGCACAGAGCUCCCCUGGCUCCCCCCUCAGUAACCAGCCAGUGUUGAUCGCUGUGCAACGCCAGAUGCCUCAAACGACCAUGAAGCCUGUGACCUACGCCAUGGCGACGCCAGCCAUUGUAACGACGACGGUCAGCUCCGCCCCCGUCAUGCAGACGGUGCACGUCGUCCACCAGAUCCCGACCGUCACCAUGGCAACUGUUGGCGGACAGUCUGCUGCUACAGUGAGCCCACAACCUCAGGAGAACGGAGGAGGAGAGCACCAAGAGAUCAAAGUAAAAGUGGAGCCGAUCCCAUCCAUCACUGCCUCGUCUAUAGGUGGAGUCAGUCGCAUCAUCCAGACCUCCCAGGCUACCCCCUUGACAACAGUCACCAUCGUGCAACAAGCCCCACUCGGUCAGCACCAGCUCCCAAUAAAGGCCAUCACACAGAACGGGACCCAUCUGGUCCCCAUCAGCUCUGCUACUAGCACAGCCGUUGCGAACCCGCUCCACCUCCUGGCCACACAUGCCUCGGCCUCAGCCUCCCUCCCCACCAAGAGGCAGAACGGAGAACUGCAAGAGCAGCCCGACUCAAAGAGGCUGAAAACGGAGGAGGAAGAGGACGGCAGAGCAGCUGCUGCCAACAACAACGGCACCACGGACAGAAACGGAGAAGGAGGGGUCAGCGAGCAGGUCGGCGACAAGUAGCCCCCCCCCUCCACGCACACACACACACACACACAAACACACACACCCCCACACACACACACACACACCCAGCCACCAUCCACCCCACAAACCGAUCUGCAUCCUGACCCCUGCUCUCCUGUACACAUUGAGCCUCACCCCUCCCCCCCAUCUGAUCCAGUGUCAUCAUCUACUCCAAGGUGCCAAAAAGAGAAGGACUACAGAAUGUGCGAACCCCUCUCACCCUCUCUUCCAUAUAUUAAGACCACGAAAUACGAUGCAAAAACUAGAGACCAAAUUGAAAAAGGAAUCAAGAGUUUGCUGAUGACUGUGAAUCCCUGACGUUUGAGACCCAGGCGACGAGAUGAAGCACAGGAAAAAGGAAAGCAAAUUUAAUAAUCCAGAUUUUCAAAUCAAAGGUGGUGUGGAGGGGGGGAAAUGUAUUAGAUGACAGAGGAGUCCAGAAACUCCCCCCAAGAGGAAAAGGGGGUCUCAUCCCGGUAGCAUUACGGACGAGAGCUUAACUGUGUGUCAGAUAGAAAUGGCAAACGUCACCAGUAGUGUAUUCCGCAAAGGGAAGUGUGUACGUACGUACGUGUGGACAUUCCCAUCUUCGGCAGCUAGCCUCCAUGUUGACCUACCUAACCCAGUUGUGAGUAGAUAUGCAGUAUUCCGUUGUACAAGUGUAUCUCUGGAUCUUUUUGAGUGUUUCUCCGUUUCCCAAGGCACAGAUACUAUCUAGUAAUAAUUAAGAUAACUAAAAGCUGUAAGUGGGGUCUUUGAGAACAUUUAAACAUCACCACAUGAUAUUUAGGGAAUCCCGUUUCUUUUGUUGUUUUGUAUGUGGACUCUUUGUUCGGUGAAAUGAAUGUAGUCUCCUUUCUUUUCUUUUUUUGUUUUGUUUUUUCCUUUAAAGAAAACACUAUCUAUGGAGUGGAUGUUCUUUUUUUCUGCUCAUUCAUGCAAAUGAAAUUUCUUUAUCACUGUACAUGUACAGAUUUUUUCAUAUUUUACAAAUAUCCUAUGAGAUAAAAAAAGUAUAUUCCCAUGUGUAUUUGACGCUUCAUCGAGCUUGCAUGUUACGGAUCUAGAAACAAUGUACCUGAGCAGAAUAUCUGAAUAUGGAACUGAAGAAAAUUUAGACUGAAUCUACGCUAUAUGAUUCUGACCAGUGCUGCACUUAACUUUUCGUUCCUUUUUUUUUUUUAUUCACUUUCAUUUGUUCAGCUAUUUUUUUUUUUCCUUCCCCCCGUCAUCAUCGGCUGUGUUCGUUACCUUUUGUGUUGAAUUUGACCGUCUCUUGGCUUGAUUAUUUUAUUCUGUUCAGGCUACUAAAAAAAAGUCUAUUCAGAUUGUAUUCUAUGUUACAUGAGGAAAAACAAGUGAUAGGUGUCUGUUCUGCUUCAGUGGAUAAAUGCUUCUUUUUUUUUAUAUAAAUUUAUUUAAAACACAUAACCUCUUAGUUUGUAUUUCUUCGAGUAAACGCCGUCUCUGCUGGCCAAACGCAA